UGGUUUCGCUUCCGGGUCACCCCGCGGCGCCGCCCACGAUUGGCGGAGAGCUGCCGGCGGCUGCGUGGCGCGUUCCGGGGCGGGAUGAAGAAGGAGCAGGUGCUGCACUGCCAGUUCUCGGCCUGGUACCCGCGCUUCCGCGCCCUCACCAUCCGCAGCGCCGUUCUUCCGCUGCCGCAGAACGUGCAGGAGUAUUUGCUGGAUGACGGGACGCUGGUAGUUUCAGGAAGGGAAGAUCCCCCAACACAUACCCAGGAAGAUAGUGGUGAAGAUGAGGCAGAGGAAAUACAGUGGUCGGAUGAUGAGAAUACUACAACACUUAAGGCACCAGAAUUUCCUGAAUUUGCACUUAAAGUUCAAGAAGCAAUCAGUUCCCUUGGAGGCAGUGUUUUUCCUAAACUCAACUGGAGUGCUCCAAGGGAUGCCUACUGGAUAGCAAUGAAUAGUUCUCUGAAGUGCAAAACCCUCAGUGACAUCUUCCUACUCUUAAAGAGUUCAGAUUUCAUUACUCGUGACUUCACUCAGCCAUUUAUUCACUGUACUGAUGAUUCCCCUGAUCCUUCCUUGGACUAUGAGCUUGUCCUUCGAAAAUGGUGUGAAUUAAUUCCUGGUGCAGAAUUCAGAUGCUUUGUCAAGGAAAACAAGCUUAUAGGUAUCUCCCAGAGAGACUACACUCAGUACUAUGAACAUAUCUCUAAACAACAUGAAGAGAUCAGCAGAUCAAUACAGGAGUUCUUUCAGAAACACAUACAGUAUAAAUUCUUGGAUGAAGACUUUGUGUUUGAUGUGUACAGAGACAGCAAGGGUAAAGUGUGGCUAAUAGAUUUUAACCCCUUUGGAGAAGUAACAGACUCACUGCUGUUUACAUGGGAAGAAUUAACAUCUGGGCAGAACGUGAAAGGUGACCACGGUGAAGGGGAGGCUACAGAACAGGACUAUCCAGCUUUCCGUUGCACAAACAGCGGAGUUACCGUCCAGCCUAGCCCUUACCUGAGCUACGGACUGCCCAAAGAUUUUGUAGAUCUUUCUACUGGAGAAGAUGUCCACAAAUUAAUAGACCUUCUCAAACUGAAAAGAAAUCAACAAGACGAUGACUGAGAGAUCAUGAAAUGCCAGAUGAAAUUUUAAGCGAGAAAUGUGGCUAGAUUUUUAGACUUAACUGUUAAACGUCAAAGUAAAGAAAAUCUGCUUUUUGUAUUCAGUGAAAGAAGUGAAGAGCUGCCAAGCCUAUUUGUGUAUUAGUUUAAUAAAUAUAAAAUCUAGGAAAUGUUUUUCUCAUGGCAACAUGGUAUGCUGGCUUAUUGCAUGUUCUACCCUCUUUCAGUGCUUUAAUUAGGAUCAUAGGAGAGUAGGGCUGAAAGAAACCUCAUGAGAUCAUUUUGUUCAAGGCACCGCUCAAGGCGGGAUCAGCCUGGCCAGGCGUCUUUUCCAGCAUGCUCUUGACAACUUCCAGGGAUGGAGAUCCCAUAACCUCUCUAGGCAGCCUGUUCCAAAUGCUCAACCAUCCUCACAGUCAGAAAGUUCCUCCUGAUCUCCAAUCUGAACUUUAUCUGCUACAGCUUGAGGCCAUUUUUCCUAGUCUUAGAGCAAUGGCUUCAAGCUGCAGCAGAGAAAAUGUGCUGUGUUACUCUCCUGAUGCAAGCAAGGAUAUCUACAUUUGGACAUAAGUAAUUGAGUCCCUGGUUUUUAGCCUGGGAGCACCCACACUGAUGAGAGUCACUUCAAACUGUAAGACUUUCACUCACUCAAAUACACCCCACAAAUAGAAAAUACAAAAUGUCAACUAUCCCAUGUAUUUAAUCGCAUGGUUUUCAAGUACAAUCUGUUGGUAAAAUAAUAGAGCAAUUUGCAGUCUUUCCUUUGUAAUUUUUUAAUGGUGAGUAUCCACAUUGAGAUUUCUCUCAUUAAAGUCAUCUGCUGGUAAAUUGCUCAGUUAAGGAUUUUAGUCAUUUGAAAUACUGAAAUCACUUUGAAUGAAGUAAUAUUCUUCUCAGACUGCGGCCAUAGUCAGGAAAUGUUCAAAGUCCAGUACUUCAAAAACCAAUGUGAUAAAUAUGCUGAAGGAAUAACAUUUAUUUUCAAAUAUCUCAUCCACAGCUGAUGGUUUAAAAAUUAUAUCAACAGCCUCAUAAUUUUAUGCGGGUCUGGCUUUUCUGCUGCCGCAUCCACUCACUGACUUCUCUGAGAAGAUGAUCUAUGUCGUAAUUAUGAUGCAUUCUGGAUUCAUUUGACACUUUAACCCUUUCUGCUAAUAGAAGGAAUCUUGCAAACUGGCCAAGGAUCUGGAAAACGUGUGUUCUUUACCCAGUUUUAUCAACUGGCUCACUUUAAAACUUUUGCAAGUUACUUGGAUGGGAAUUUAGGGUCAACUGAUUUUGGGCAUCUCAGUUUUUGGCUACCCAGCUUUACACCUUGAUGCUGAUAAUCAGAGGUUGCAUACACAACUCCUGAUGAAGUGAAUGGAAGUGCAGUUCCUAGUCGCCUCUGAAAACUGGAACCUCCUCUAUCUCAUGCUGAGCAUCCAAAAAUUAAUGUGUCUUUUAAAGUCAAGUCCUUUGCCUCGUAAAAUGGGGAUGACUCUUAAAGUAAAAAACUAAACACGGAAAAAGGUCACUUCUCAUCCCUAUGCAAUUUCAGUUUUGAAAGACCACUUGUGGCUGAAGAUUAUAUGGAUAAUGAACAUGUUCUGCCUUAUGCAGUUAUCAAACUUGAUGCUUAUGCUCCUUGAAAUAGCUGAAUUAACAGGUGUUCUUGCAGUCUGCAAUUAUAAAAUGUGUUUUCCUUCCUUAUGAAACUGGUAAAAUGUCCUUCAUUGGAGAUAUGCAAGGAGAGUUUAGACAUACAUCUUUUGAGGAUAGUCCAGAUGGAGGGCAUCCUACCUCAGAGCAGGCAGUUGAAUUAGACAAUCAAUUGAGAUCCUUUUCAGGGCUACAUUUAAUUCUGUGAUAGAAGUUGAUCUUUCAUGCUUCAAAUGGCGUGUGUAGGAAUCUCGUAAAAUUUAAGGGAACUUUUAAAACUUUCAAAAGCAUUAAAGCCAGAGAAAGGACUGUUGUGAUCAUCUAAUCAGACCCUUCUGUAUUACCCUGACGUCUUAGGUGAAAUCCUAUGUCAGUCUGAUUCCUGGUGAAGCCUAGUGGUGGAGAAUCCACUGCUUCCCAGUAGCAAGAUCCAGCAUUUAAUGAUCCUUUAUCGCAGGUCCCCAACCUGGACCCUCACCAGAUGCUCUGUAUGGUGCACCAUGCACCAUGGUUUGUAUUGCUGUUUCCUUCUUCCUCUGCUUGUCCUGAGGUUAUAGGAUGACUGCUAUAAUAAAAUGUCUCUUUAUUCCUUUCUUCCUCCACUGCUUCAUUGGUCUCUGUGAGCCCUUCUGAAUAACCCUCUGUCAGGUCAUUCCAUGAUCUGCCUUGUCAAGUCUUUGCAGUCCCUCAUCCAGUGAUUGGUACUUCUCUUCCUGCUGCGAGUUCAGACCCAACGAGUGGUUUCUCCCAGGGUGGAUUUGAUUGAAAUCAAAUUGAUUUAAAUUGUGAUUUUAAAUCACUGGUCAGGAAGCCUUGUUUUAAUCAUUGUUUUCUACAAAAAGUGAAUGCUUGUUGUUUGAUAUAACUUUAUAUAUAUCAUUCACAACUCAGAGAGAGGGGUAUGUUUCAUUUUUAGAGGGUACACAUGCAUUUUAAAGCAGUGAUUUAUUUUGAUGUUUUUUUCAGAUUAAUUUUGCAGCUACAUCAGAAAAGUGAAUUAGGGUUUGGUUAUUUUAUUGGCUAAAGCAAAUUUGAAGCAGAUACUUGGGAAGUCAUUGGGAAGUGAACUAGGAUCAGAUCUUUACAGUGUGCAGCUAAAAGCUUGAGCAAAAAGUAUUUGAUUUUCAAUUAGAUAGUAAGUAUAGAAAUUGCUGGAGAAGGGAGGGAGUACAGACACUAGAAAACAACUACCAGAUAGCAGCAUCUUUAUAAAGUAGCUGGGUUUGCUCUGCAUCUGAGUUGCACAUCAACUGGAUGUGACAGUCAUGGUUCUUGAAUAGCAGAUCUGCCAAGAGUGCUAAUGAAAAUACUCCAUUAUUCCUCAGUCGGAAUUGUUUUCAAUUUUUCAGCUGGACAGCAGUCUAUCAAUCCUCUACUAGCAUCUCCUAGUAAAGAUAUUGGGUCUUUAAAAAAAUUACUAAGAGUAAAAGUUACACCCAUUUAAAGUUACCUCCUUAAUGAAGAGGAGUCAGAUGAACCUACCCUUAUUUGUGGCUUUAAUUCCAGGGUUGUCUCAUGUUUUUGUUCCCUUGGAUCUUCAGCUUUCCUGAUGCCUUUCUUGUUUUCCCUUAGCCCUCCACUCCAGUAUUUGGAUUAAUCUGAACACUGGAAUAAGAAGCAGCACAAAUAAUAUUGAACUGAACCAAAGACUCAGCUUCUCUGUGUAACACUUUCUAUGUGUAUAUUUUCUGGUUUCAUUUGCUGAGUGUGUGUCUGGAAAGAAAACUAUAAAUAGGGAAAGUGGUUUUUGUUUCCCCCCCUCCUUUACUAUAUGUCCCCUUGAGCAAAAUGAAUACCACCUGUUGGAUUUUAGUUGCCUUAUAUGGCCAUGAAAUCCUCAUGAGCAUAUUUCGCAUUCUUAGGCACUCUGUAUUAGUCUUCCGCACAUCUUUGUGUGUCUACAUAUAACCUAACACCCGGGCCACAAGGCAAAGCAGUCGAAACCAUAGACACAAAUAAGGAAGAAUAUAGACCUUAGGAAAUAUAAUCUCUAUGCAGCCUUUUAUUGGUAUAUUGCCAGAUGUAAAAACUUGAUGACAAGUGGUCAAAGCUGGCAUUUUUGGUCAUGUCAAGAUGGGCAUUGGAAUAAAAGACAACCAUGGUUAAAAAUAGAUAGUGCUUCCUUCCUACAUUUGAGACAGUUUGUCUUUCACAUGCUGACGUGCGUCUACUGUCUCUUCUUGCUGGAGAAGAGUACCGAUAACAGCAUCUGGUAGUGUGGCAGCCAAAAUGUAAACGGGCAAAUCAGUUUGGCAAUUUGUGAAUAUCUUUCUUCUGAAGGAAUAGGUCAUGCACCAAGGCUGCAUUUGGGGAGGUUUUGAAGAAAACUGUAAUUUUAUGGAAUAAAGUGUACAGAUGUCUGCACAAACAACCCUGUAGCUGGUGGAAGACCCAAAAUAAGUUGGCUUUUGGCACACAAUAAAUUAAAGGCUUAAUAUGGGAGUGUUGAAUUGAACAUAGACUAUUUUAUUCAGUAGUAGAAUUAAAUUCCUAAAUCUUAUUUUUUUUAUUAUCAUAACAAAAGCUUAAUUAGAUAUAGGGUUUGCAGCAUCUUAAUCUCUGCUGAAUUUUGUUACGUGUCUGAGGUAACGAUUAGCAUUCAAGUCCAAUACUAAUUCUGAGACUUUAAUUAAAGGAGCAUUUCUUUGCAUAAUUGAUCCCUUAUCCUGUGCAGGCUUGUUAGAGUCCUUUAGUGACCAUGUCUGGUGAUAGUAUUUUUAUUAUAAUAAAAAUCUAACACA